CGGGGAUCACAUUACAGCUGUCAAAUCCUGCAAUCCUUGCCAAACACUGGGUCUCUGAAAUUACCCUUCUGCAAGACCUAUCCAGUCACAUCGACUUACAUGACCGAAAUGGAGGUUGGGAGUGAUAUCCACAUCUUCUUGGGCACCUACCCGAGGAGGUCGGCAAACAGCCCAGCAUCUUUCUAUGUCACACCUAGGCUUGCUCGAGGCGGUCAAGAAGUCUUUUCAAAUGAACAAAGGCCUCAAGAGACCUACUUCGAGGAGGCGACCUGGGCCCAGUACAUUGGGGACACUUCCAGCUCUUCAGGACUCUCCUCAGAUGACGGCCGAGUGUCCGAGAUGUUCCCUACCUAUCCAGCCUCCGUUGGCACCCGCUCCAUUACGGACGACUCUUCCUCUGUUCACACCCCGGAACCUGUAACGCCCAACGAUGAACCGGCUUCCAUUCUAUCCAGCUCCCCAUCCUCUCUCGAGGUUCAACUACAUGGUCAGGGAUCCUACGGCGACCUUAGCCGGCUGCGUGGAUACGACGACAAGUUGACUACGCCGCACUACGAUCCAACUCAGAAUCCUCCCAGAUCUCUGACUCUUCAGGUCGAUGCCCCUACACGCGUUACCAAGAAGUCAGCAGCCUCCAGACAACGGGUUGUCAAAGAUGUCAGAAAGGUUAAUCAAGUGAGAGGGACUGGAGCUUGCCUGAAAUGCCGAAUCCAGAAGGUACCCUGCUCGACUACUGAUCCGUGUGGUACAUGCACAACCUUCAGCAACAAGGAACAAUCUGCUGAGGUCUGUUGUAUCCGGGGAGAUUUGAGCACCGUUGCCAAGGAGUGUUCCUCCAGGAGAUUCACUUGCUUGGCUCAAAAGGAAGACCGCGCUGUUAAUGAUACACUGAGACAAGCACGGCCUGAGUUCCGAGGGCCGGUCUUUCACGGGCAGAUUCUCUUUGAGAAGGACUACAGUAAAGCUUCGAUCCCUGCAGCCUUGAGGAAUUACUAUUGCACAGCACCUAAUCACGGCGGUUGCACCUUUUCGAGAGAUCAUCCCAAUCCCGCAUUGUCGCAGGAACAGCUCGUCAAGUGGGCCGAACGCCAGGUUUUGCCAGAAGAUCAUAGGACAUUCGAAGGUGGCAUUGAAUCGUUCAUCAGACACUACUCCAAGCCUUCCCAAUGCAGCCGCUACAGCGUUGUUAGUCAUCGGCCCCAGAUGCAGCUUUUGCAAAAGGUACAUACCUUCAAGUCAAUGUACAAAGUAUAUCGGACGCCAAAUUUCUACUUCGCGCCAUCGGACAAUAGUCCAAUUACCGAGCUGUCAUUCUCAGCACAAGCUCAGAUGAGAGGCGUCGCCAAGUCCGCUCUGGAAGCAUCUGAACGAGAUAUUCUCGCCGAAUUAGACAAGUAUCUGAAGAACAAAAUGGAGAUCAACGACAGGCCAGCUGUCUGGGCUGCGUUGUGGCAAAUGAUGCUCAUCUAUCGAGACUUGCUCAAGAACAUACGGUCAUGGCAUACCGCCAAUAAUGCCGAGUCUCUUCUUAAUGCCAUGGCGGUCUUCUACGGAAGUUCUUUUCGCACAUCAGCAGCGUUAAGAAUGACUCUGGAUAAGACCAGUUACGGAGAGAUUGCCAAUUCAUUUGAAAAUGCCUUGAGCCUCCGCGAUACCUUCUAUCGACAGAUUACUGCAGGCGUGAACGUUAUUGAUCAGCGUCUCAAGACUCUAGUUGUAGAUCCAGAGAUGAAGGUUCUCAAACGAAGGCAACCCAAAAAGUCGGUCGGUGGUAAACGCUCCGCUGCUGGAGAACAAGACGAUGAAGACGAUGUUAUGGGAGGUUGUUGA